AUGUAUCACGGAAACUCUAUCAGACUUCUUGCGGGCAAUAGUCACCCAGAGCUCGCCCAUGCUGUGGCCGAGCGGCUCGGAGUGCCCCUCACGCCAUGCAUGCCCAAAAAAUUCUCCAACGGCGAGAUAAACGUCAAGAUCUCCGAAUCCGUCCGCGAGGAGGACGUCUUCAUCAUCCAGUCAGGGUGUAGCGAUGUGAACGACAACUUGAUGGAACUCUUGAUCCUCAUAUCCGCAUGCAAAACAGCUUCCGCGCGGCGUAUUACGGCUGUGAUUCCGUGUUUCCCAUAUGCCCGCAUGGACAAAAAGGAUGAGUCAAGAGCACCAAUAACAGCAAAACUAGUCGCAAACAUGCUUGUUGGUGCGGGAUGUGAUCAUGUCAUCACCAUGGAUCUGCACGCCAGUCAAAUACAAGGAUUUUUCGACAUUCCAGUAGACAAUCUUUUCUCGGAGCCUUUGAUGGUAUCGUAUAUCAAGAGGCACAUCGAUGGGUGGCAAAAUAGUAUUGUUGUCAGUCCGGAUGCCGGUGGAGCCAAGAGGGUCACUGCAAUGGCAGAUAAACUUGGCAUUGAGUUCGCCCUUAUACACCGGAAACGUGAUGGGAAAUCUCAAAAUGCUCCGGAGCGCAUGGAGCUUCUGGUAGGAGAUGUGGCUAUUUUGGUGGAUGACAUGAUAGAUACUGGUCACACGCUCACACUGGCGGCUCGGACGCUGCAUGAGAAAGGCGCCAAAACUAUUUACGUUCUUAUUUCGCACGGACUCUUCGCAGAAGCUCACAUGGCUUCUUUGAACAGUCUUCCUAUAGAGCAGCUUGUGGUCACAAAUACCGUUCCGCAAAACGAGCAUAAGGAACAAUUUUCGAAGUUAAUAGCGCUGGACAUUAGUUCUACCAUCGCUGAAAGCAUACGUCGCACACAUAACGGUGAAAGCAUCAGCCUACUCUUCGGUGAAUGGGCGGAAGGCAGGGGUCUUGAUAUCAUCAUUUAG